UUAGAGCUAACGUUAGAGGAUUCCGGUUACUCCUGUAAACCCGAACAAAACUUGCACGACAGCGAGCUUUAAUGGUGGAAAUCGCAGAGGGAAAAAACCUCAAGAACCGGUGCGGUGAAUACAUUGUUUGCAGUCGCAAUAUUUACACUAAUUGCAGUGGUUUUGUAGCUUGUCAGCUAGUUAGAUAGCUAUCUAGCUAGCUGGCUACAGAUACCGGGAUGAAAAUGGAAUACUAUGAUUUUUGGAAAGGACGGGCGUGAAUAGUACGUUUUCAAUGGGGGAUUAAGAAAAAAAUAUUUUUUUGAAAAUUUCCGUUCCUUGAUUUCCUGACAAGAAAAACAAGAAACAGACCAAUGGUUGCUAUGGAGAAGUUGCGGCUGUCAGGCUGUUAGUAGGCCUGAGCAUCGGAGUGGAGUUGUUGGGAAAGGUCCAGGGAAGGUGAACAGUGGAGAUCAACCACUGGGAAAAGACGACUGGAAAAUGGCACCAUAGUGACAUGUUGAGGAGCAGGCGAUAAUGCUGGUGGUCUGAAAACAAGAAGGGAGCCCUUCCUCCAACUAUACCGUUAUUGCAUCCAUUGACCUAAGGAGAGAGACCCAUUUUGGCUGAAUUCAAAGGAUUCCUAAAAGUUGUGAACCAUGCCUCCAAGACCGUCGUCCGGAGAGCUAUGGGGUAUCCACUUAAUGCCCCCGCGGAUUUUGGUGGACUGUCUCCUACCGAACGGGAUGAUCCUAACCCUCGAGUGCCUCCGUGAGGCCACUCUCAUCACCAUUAAGCAUGAGCUUUUUAAGGAGGCGAGGAAGUACCCUCUGCACCACCUCCUGCAGGAAGAGACCUCGUACAUCUUUGUCAGUGUAACACAGGAGGCCGAAAGAGAGGAGUUUUACGAUGAAACCAGGAGACUCUGUGACCUCAGGCUUUUUCAGCCUUUUCUAAAAGUCAUUGAACCUGUUGGCAACAGGGAAGAGAAAAUUCUCAACAGGGAAAUUGGUUUUGCGAUCGGCAUGCCCGUGUGCGAGUUCGACCUGGUGAAGGACCCUGAAGUGCAGGACUUCAGGAGGAACAUUCUGAAUGUCUGCAAAGAGUCGGUCGACCUCCGAGACGCCAGCGGGCCGCACAGUCGGGCGCUGUAUGUUUACCCUCCCAACGUGGAGUCGUCCCCUGAACUCCCAAAGCACAUUUACAAUAAACUUGACAAAGGUCAAAUAAUUGUGGUGAUCUGGGUCAUAGUCUCCCCCAACAACGAUAAGCAGAAGUACACUCUCAAAAUCAACCACGACUGCGUCCCGGAGCACGUGAUCGCCGAGGCCAUCCGGAAGAAGACCCGGAGCAUGCUGCUGUCCCCCGAGCAGCUGAAGAUGUGCGUGCAGGAGUACCAGGGCAAGUACAUCCUCAAAGUGUGCGGCUGCGACGAGUACCUCCUGGAGAAGUACCCGCUGAGUCAGUACAAGUACGUUAGGAGCUGCAUCAUGCUGGGUAGAAUGCCAAACCUGAUGCUGAUGGCUAAGGAGAGCCUGUAUUCCCAGCUGCCCACGGACAACUUUACCAUGCCGUCGUACGCCCGCCGCAUCUCCACCGCCACGCCGUACAUGAACGGCGAGGCCUCAGCCAAGUCCCUGUGGACCAUCAACGGAACCUUGAGGAUAAGGAUACUGUGUGCCACGUACGUCAAUGUAAACAUCCGGGACAUUGAUAAGAUCUAUGUUCGGACGGGGAUAUACCACGGAGGAGAGCAGCUGUGUGACAAUGUGAACACUCAGCGCGUGCCAUGCUCGAAUCCCAGGUGGAACGAGUGGCUCAACUAUGACAUGUACAUUCCCGAUAUCCCACGCGCAGCUCGCCUCUGCCUGUCCAUUUGCUCCGUGAAAGGAAGGAAAGGGGCAAAGGAGGAACACUGUCCACUGGCAUGGGGAAACGUGAAUCUGUUUGAUUACACCCAUACUCUGGUCUCGGGGAAGAUGGCCCUCAACCUGUGGCCUGUGCCACACGGGCUGGAAGACCUGCUCAACCCCAUCGGGGUCACGGGCUCCAAUCCAAACAAGGAAACCCCAUGUUUGGAGCUGGAGUUUGAUUAUUUCAGCAGUCCAGUAAAGUUCCCUGACAUGGCAAUAAUUGAAGACCAUGCCAAUUGGAUGAUAUCCAGAGAGCUGGGCUUUAAUUACUGCCACACUGGCCUGAGUAAUAGACUGGCCCGGGACAACGCUCUGACGGAAAGCGACAAUGAGCAGCUGCGUCUGGUGUGUAAUCGAGACCCUCUUUCUGAGAUCACUGAGCAGGAGAAGGACUUCCUGUGGCGGCACAGGCAUUAUUGUGUAAAUAUGCCAGAAAUUUUGCCUAAGAUUCUCCUGGCAGUUAAGUGGAACUCCAGAGAUGAAGUAGCACAGAUGUAUUGUCUUCUGAAGGACUGGCCGGCCAUAAAGCCAGAACAAGCCAUGGAGUUGCUGGACUGCAACUUCCCCGACCCCAUGAUCCGGGAUUUCGCUGUCAGGUGCCUUGAGAAAUAUUUGACAGACGACAAACUCUCCCAGUACCUCAUUCAGUUGGUCCAGGUUCUCAAAUAUGAGCAGUACCUCGAUAAUCCGCUGGUGCGAUUCUUGCUGAAAAAGGCUUUGACUAACCAGAGGAUAGGACAUUUCUUCUUUUGGCAUCUAAAGUCUGAGAUGCACAACAAAACGGUUAGCCAGCGGUUCGGGCUGCUGCUGGAGUCAUACUGCCGGGCAUGCGGAAUGUACCUGAAGCACCUGAGCCGACAGGUGGAAGCCAUGGAGAAGCUGAUCAACCUCACGGACAUCCUCAAGCAGGAGAAGAAAGAUGAAACGCAGAAGGUCCAGAUGAAGUUCCUGGUGGAGCAGAUGAGGAGGCCGGACUACAUGGACGCCCUGCAGAACUUCACCUCCCCACUCAACCCUGCUCACCAGCUGGGCAACCUCCGGCUUGAAGAAUGCAGAAUAAUGUCAUCUGCUAAAAGGCCGUUGUGGCUCAACUGGGAAAACCCUGACAUCAUGUCAGAGCUUCUCUUCCAGAACAACGAGAUAAUUUUCAAGAACGGAGAUGAUUUACGGCAAGACAUGCUGACUCUGCAGAUCAUUAGGAUAAUGGAAAACAUCUGGCAGAACCAGGGUCUGGAUCUCAGAAUGCUGCCCUAUGGGUGCCUCUCCAUUGGCGACUGUGUGGGGCUCAUCGAGGUGGUGAGGAACUCCCACACCAUCAUGCAGAUCCAGUGCAAAGGUGGCCUAAAGGGGGCGCUGCAGUUCAACAGCCACACCCUCCACCAGUGGCUUAAAGACAAGAACAAGGGAGAGAUGUACGAUUUAGCCAUUGAUUUGUUCACGCGGUCCUGCGCUGGCUAUUGUGUGGCCACGUUCAUCCUAGGGAUUGGAGACAGACACAAUAGUAAUAUCAUGGUGAAGGAUGAUGGGCAGCUGUUCCACAUAGACUUUGGCCAUUUCUUGGAUCACAAAAAAAAGAAAUUCGGCUACAAACGAGAGCGGGUACCAUUUGUCCUAACCCAGGAUUUCCUAAUUGUGAUAAGCAAAGGAACCCAGGAGUGCACUAAAACCAGAGAAUUUGAAAGGUUCCAGGAGAUGUGCUACAAAGCCUACCUGGCCAUCCGCCAGCACGCCAACCUCUUCAUCAACCUCUUCUCCAUGAUGCUGGGCUCCGGCAUGCCCGAGCUGCAGUCCUUUGACGACAUCGCCUACAUCCGCAAGACUCUGGCUCUGGACAAGACCGAGCAGGAGGCUCUGGACUACUUCAUGAAGCAGAUGAACGAUGCCCACCAUGGCGGCUGGACGACCAAGAUGGACUGGAUCUUCCACACCAUCCGGCAGCACGCUUUGAACUGAGCACCGCCGACCCGGACUGGCCAACCCGGCCAGCUGUGGGCCGCAAAGCCCGGUGGCUUCCAACCUUACAAAACGGGUGACAGCAGCCCAUCCAUGUAGCACUUAACAGUCUGGAAAGGUUUUUUUAUUUUGCUAAUCUCCAGCGUCCUUCGAAAACCUAUCGUCGUCUCUGAAAUCAAACCCCGCCUCUCGGCAGAAGGGUUGCCGGGCUCUCCUGUGGUUUUGUUCGCAAGGAUUCGUUUUUUUGUUUCCUUCCCUCUGCUGCCCUCCUGUGGUGUGCUCUUCAGGAGCGAGCUGGGAGUUAACGUCCUUUAUGGCCUUUAUACAAAUCACUUACCUCUUCAGUUUUCGGGAGAUCUGGUGGUAUGAACGUCUUCCUGUAACUUUUAUGCCUUUAAAUAUGCACAGAACAUAUAAAAAAAAGAAAACUCCUGAGCAAAACAGGGUAAACCUUUUGCAUUGUUCUCAUCCUGUUUGUCGCAGCUCUAGUUUAAAAACGGCGUGCUUUCAGUGAGAAGCUAGUGACACCAAGGAGAAAUGGCAACCGUUACAGCACGUUGUCCAUAACUGCAGAGUGAAAAUUUUCAGCGUUCAGUUUUUUUUUUAAUACAUUUUUUGACAUCAUAACAAGUACAGUGGUCUCUGAAAUGACCAAAAUGCGUAGAGAUGGAAAAAUAUAACACUUGCGUUCUGAAGGACAUGGUGUUGAAAUGAAAUGACCCAGUCUAGUGUAGGUUUGAGGCAUCACCUUGCCCCUGUGUUCCUUUUGGGUUGCUCUAGCAAGGGUUUAUAAAAAGUACCAUUUUUGAAAUAUCGGUCCCUGUUUAUGUAAGCAGUCAGUGACAGUAAUGGAUGUGCUUACAGUAGCACUUUGAAUGCUGUGUAGAGCCUUAAUGCUAAUUGAGGAUCAGACAGGCUCCCCUUAGUUCAUUUCAGCUCCGUUGAAUGUGUGGUAUUGCAUACAUUCACGUGAACCCCGACACUGAUAUUGGCUCGUUGUCGAAAUCGAGCAGUAGGAAGCUGUUGGCUGACGUUCAGCAGGCAGGAUGAUGACUGGUGGAUUUCUGACUCCAGGAACGUCAUGCUUUAAGCGGCCAAGACGCAGGGGAAUGUGAGUAACCAGAAUGGACUUCAUCUGUACACAUAUGGAAAGUAGAUGUUCUGCUAAGGGCCAGUGCAUUAAAAAAAUACUGAGAGCUGUUGAUAGAAAGGAUUGUGUAAAUUUAAAUUGUUAAUAUGGCGUUUCUCUGAUUGUCCUCUUAUUAUCUAGUCCCUCAUCCGAAAUUGUCUUGCAAUACUUUGUAAUUCCCCAGGUUAUUGCAAGUGUUUUUGCAGUACAGGGUCAUGGAUGGUAGACAGAACACGGCGCUUUUUCUGAAAAGCCGUUCUGUCACCUUGUUCUGACCGCAUCCUUGGCGACCUGCCCGGUGAAUCAUGUCUGGUGGGAGCAGACUGUUGGCUGUUCGGGCUCCACUUCAGUCCUGCAGUUUUGUGCUUUCCCUUUAAUGUCUGCUACCAUAUUCAAGCAGGCGUUACAUUUCUCUGUUACUUACACAGGCAUUUUGCUCAUUUCUGGCAACAUGUGUGAAGUGGUGGAUAGGUGGCACAAGGUCACGGGUUUGAUUCCUGGGUGGAGCAAAAUACUCAGCCUGAAUUGCUUUGGUAAAUAUCUAGCUGUGUGAAAGUAUGUGUAAAAUGUGAGCUCCCUUGGAUUAAAGGCAACUGGCUAGCAAAUUUCAGUGUUUGCUGAACUUGGGGUUGUGUAAGUUGUGUAAAAGAUGUGACAUUUGCUUGAUUCAGUUAUUCGGUGUGUUCAGAUUGAAUUGGGCCUUCAGCCUGCACACACAUGCAGAAAUUGUCAGAGUGGAUUCAUCAUUCCUCUAAAGUCUCCAUUCCAUAUAGCAUUAGCACCCGGAGCUUUCAAAGGAAACAGACAAGCCCUCAGCUGUAAUGCAUCUUCUGGAAUAUCUGAGAUGGAAAAGGCACAAACCAAAAAGGAGUCACUCAAACACAGCUCACCUUGCACAUAGAACAUGUGUGAACCUUGACAAAGAAAUAGAAAUCAGAAGUUUAAAGUAAAAUUAAUGUAAAGAAAAACUAGUAAGCAGCACCCAUAAUAAUUAGGCACUAAGGUUUUCUUCAAGGAAGGAUGAAUUCAGAGCUGCCGUUGGUUCCCAGAACUUAUGACAUAGUCACUUAAAACUAUUUUUCAUUGUUUCUUACUUCCUGUUCCAAGUGAGUGAGUCUCCCCAGGACUUGAAGAUUGCAUAUCAUCAGACUAAUGGGACCCAGACUAGCAGACGUUUCGAUUAGGUGAAAUUCAAAUGCGCGUGUCAAAGUGGGGAUGUAGAUAAUGGCUUUGUAUCCGAUUUCAGAUGUUAAAAAUGAUCCAGUUAAAUCUUAACUGGAAGAUUUAACUGGAUCUUAAGUUGUUACUUAAAACAUUGUUCGCUGAAAACAUGAUUCAUGGCAUCUUGCCUAUGAUACAGAAUGGGUUAAUAAUUAUAAACAGCAUUGCGCUGAAAAUAUUGAAACUUUGGGGGCUCACUGGAGCACUGAUUCUCAAUCCUGCUCCUGGGGCCCUCCUGCUCUGCAUGUUUUCCAUCUUU